AUGUCUAUGACAUGUCCACACUGCCAUCAACAGAUUCUCACUAAGACCUCUCCUAAAAGCGGAUUGCUCACUUGGUUAUUAUGCGGUGGAAUGGCCUUGUUUGGAUGUUGGUUAUGCUGUUGUAUCCCAUUCUGUGUUGAUUCUUGCCAGGAUACGGAACAUCACUGCCCGAACUGCGGAAAAUUCCUGGGAAUCUACCGAAGAAUAUAA